CCGCCUGAUGAUGAACGACACCGUCCCUUGACCAGUCGCGCCUGUAUCCUCGAUCCCAGAGUUAGGCGCGGAGGACCCAACGUCGUUCAGCUGGUUCGCACGGUCCCGCUUGUACGCGUGCUUUUCUGACACUACAUGCUAGGUAUCUCACUACCCACCGCUCGUGUCUGUCUCGCUCACCAAUCUCGGUGUCGGCAAGCUCAAAGACACUUGCGCGAACAUCAAAGUUACGAUAUGCUUCGUUGUCAACAUGAUUAGCGAGCCUUCCGUCGGCGAACGCCACUUGUAUCGCAAAUCUGCCUGUCCGAGGUUAGGGAGUGGGAGCUGAGUAGGCUAAUAAGGCACAGGGUGUAAGCAUAUAUUAUCAGAACCCGGUAGACUCGUUUUACCAGCCACUUGCAGAGCUGCCGUGAGGCCGCGGGCGAUCACGUACGCUUCCAUCCCUUUCAGAAGCGGUGGGGACGAGCCUAAGAACCCGGCUGCCAUGUCUUACAAAGGUCCUCAGUCAAGGCGCCAUGUGUUGGGGGGAGGCGAUGGAUAUUACUCAUUCCGCCACUGGUGAAAGACCAACACUUGGUCUCGUCAAGAAGAUCCACGUCCAGAACGAAGUCCUUCCCGAUCACUAUUCCGAGUACCACUCCGGCGAGGUCGUGAAGGUUAUCCAGUGUAGGCCUGCUGCGCACAUGGGGGAUGUCACCUGCAUGAGCUACGGGCCACUGUACAGAGUUCCGAGACUUGUGUGGGCUUCAUAGAGGGAGAAGAAGAUUGAGGGCGCGUUAUGUGAGCUAGAGAUAAGCAGGAUUGCGUAGUUGUCAUGUUCAGAGCUACCGCUUCCGCCGCGACAGGGCGCCAUGAAGGAUACCUACGAAGUUGCUUACGGUAACCUUAUCACAAACCUGCCUAUUGUCCCAGGAUCUGAUUGGUCCUUGCGAGAGGUUAUUACGUAAG